AUACUUUUCAGGUGGUUUCCGGUCAGGUAAGACAAAUACAAAUCGGAAAAGAUGGCUCGAAAUGUUCUAUCCUUUAUUACAAACCUAUUUUCUAAAGAAGAGGAAAAUAACGAAGAAGAAGAAGAUAUUAAGGCGGCCGAGGAAUUGGCGAUGAGAAAAUUUCGGCAGAAUAUUGCAAAUUAUCGCGCACAGUCCUUUAACGUUCGAAAAGCUCCAAUGUUUGACUACGUAAAGUGGAUGCAAAAGAACAAUGUUAGAACUGAAGGAUCACCUGAUGAAUACAUACUCCAAGCUUCUGCCUUGGCUCCAUACGUUAGAACUACCUUACAUACUGGCUGUUUGGGAGAAGAAGAAAGAAAAUGGGCUAAAUUAACUGGUGUUGCAUAUGAAGAAAGUAUAACGAAAUCUGCUCAUCAUCAUCAUUUGACAAGCUUGUCAGCUAGCUUAAGAGCUAGUCGAUCAAGCAGAAAUAGACUUGGUUGAGUCUAUUAUACUCGUUUUAAAUAUCUGCAAUAGUUUUCCCUAUUAGAUAUCGAGAUUAAAAGAAAGAAAGAAUCUCUGUUUUAGAUGGACUUUUUAAAAUAUUAAAUAUUUUUUUUCAUUUUAUUAAGUUGUAAAAAAAAAGCAAAUGAAUAAACAAUUCGUUAAAGUUUUUGAUUUAGAACUGUUUUGUCAUUCUUUAUACUUUCAGCCUAUACUUGACUUGGUGACUUAAUUGGUAGCGCCAUCUUGUGCCGCGUAGCCUUAAAAUAUAGUUCUCAUCAAAGUAUGAUAAAAAGUUAAAACAGGCAUUAUAUUUCGAAUUCAUAAUUCAUUAACGAAUCAGGUUCACAUACUGCAUGGGACAGCAAUGAGAAGAGUUUAAUUGGGUACUUUUAAAAAGUCAUGAAUGCGCGUAGUAAAAAGGGCUACUUUUGUUGGUAUUCAUCCGCCCAUAUACCAGUAGGACAGCAGACCAGUCGUCGCCGAAAUGAUCAAUUGAGAUGACGUCUCUAAAUAGUCUUUUUUCCUUUACGUCGCCCGCUGUAAAGAGACUCCUUGGCUGGAAACAAGGUGAUGAAGAAGAGAAAUGGGCAGAAAAAGCUGUGGAUAACCUGGUUAAAAAAUUGAAAAAGAAAAAGGGCGCUUUAGAAGAACUAGAAAAAGCUUUAAGUAGACCAACUGAAUUGAGUAAAUGUGUUACUAUACCGAGAUCUCUGGACGGACGACUCCAAGUAUCCCAUCGUAAGGCUUUACCGCACGUGAUUUAUUGCCGUGUAUGGCGUUGGCCAGAUUUACAAUCGCAUCACGAACUAAAACCGAUCGACCAUUGUGAAUUUCCUUUCUCUGCCAAACAGAAGGAAGUCUGUAUUAAUCCGUACCAUUACAAAAGAGUAGAAAGUCCUGUCCUGCCUCCCGUAUUAGUACCAAGAUACUCAGAAUAUCCAGUUGCUGAACAUCCUCCUCCAUUUCAGCCAGUGUCAGAACCGCCCAUGCCCUAUAAUGUUUCCUUUGAUAAUCAAAGAACGUCAAAUCCAAAUUCUCCAUCCAGCCCGCCGUUUAUUCCUGAUUCGCCUCCUAUGGAAACGGAUUCUAAUCGACCUAUUGCCUCUAUAGAUUAUAAAGAACAUCAACAUUGGUGUUCAAUAGUUUAUUACGAAUUGAAUAAUAGAGUUGGAGAGACAUUUUCUGCAACGCAACCUUCAGUCGUCGUGGACGGUUUCACAGAUCCUUCCAAUAACGCUGACAGAUUCUGUCUUGGUCAACUAUCCAAUGUAAACAGGAAUCCAACUAUGGAAAAUACUAGACGUAGAAUAGGAAAAGGAGUCCAUUUAUAUUAUGUUGGCGGGGAAGUUUUUGCCGAAUGUCUCUCAGAUUCGCCCAUCUUUGUACAAAGUCGGAGUUGUAAUUAUCAUCAUGGUUUUCAUAUAACGACUGUUUGUAAGAUUCCACCGGGAUGUUCGCUCAAGAUCUUUAACAAUCGAGAAUUCGCGGAUCUGUUAACUCAAAAUGUCCAUUUGGGAUUCGAAGCCGUGUUCGAACUACAGAAAAUGUGUAUGAUAAGAUUAAGUUUCGUCAAAGGUUGGGGGGCAGAGUAUCAUAGGCAAGAUGUUACCAGUACCCCCUGCUGGAUCGAAAUACACCUAAACGGUCCCCUCCAAUGGUUGGACAAAGUACUCACGCAAAUGGGUGGACCGCCAGGAGUGGUGUCUAGUAUGACUUGAUUUCAAUCGAUCUUUACUUUCUGUAUAUUUUUUUUUUUGUAUUAUUAUUUGACUGUCUUUCCCGUUUUUCAUAUCCUUCUGUUAGUAAGUUUUUUUUUGUUUGUUUCUGCUUAAUCUUAUGCAAUUGAAUGGCUAAAAAUAUGCCUAAAAGUACCUGCCUAUCGAAAGACGGGAAAAGAGACCGGAGAUCUAUUCAAUAGAGCAAAUAAUAACAACGUGUCGUUUCUACCGUGUAUUAAAAGACAGAAAUAAUCAAAACGAUAUAUAUAUAUAUAUAUAUAAAUUUUUGCGGUUGACUCUGACUCAAAUAAUAUGUGAAUAAAACGGACUUGCACCGUUUACCUGUCUCUUAUCCUCUCUUUCUCUCUUCCAUUUUUUUCUACAUUUGUAUACAAAAUAUAAAAUUGUAUACUCAAUGUAAUUUAUACAAUUGCGUAUUUUCUAUUUCUGUUUUCAUGCUCCAGAUCUCUUUUCUAUCUAUCCGACUGCUACUUAGAACAAUUGGUUGUUAAAAAAUUUGUUUAUUUCUUUACCGGUGUUCAAUCAUGUAUAUAUAUAUAUAUAUAUACUAUGCAAGAUAAAACGGAAAAAAAAUUAAGUUCUUAUGUAUGCUCUCUUUCUUUCUUUCUCUCUCUCUCUCUCUCUCUCUCUCUCGUUUUUUUUAGAAAGAAAAGAAUGUAUUUUUUUUGUAUUAAUGAACAAUGCGUAAAAAAAAGAGAACA